AUGUCGCAACAGAAAUCAGGCUACGAUGCAUUACCACAAGAAGAAGAGAUUGACACUGAGCACCCAAUAGCUCAAAAUCCUCAAGGCUCAGGACAUCACGAUUCUAAAAGUUCGCCAAUUCUAGUAGAGCAACAUGAAAUAUCCCCUGGGCACUCCAAUAAUCGGACUGGGGCUCGAUCCAGACAACAACCAACCAAGACACCAUUCUUCCUUGACAAAGGCAAUUUUGUGAUUGAUUGUCCCAUUCCGCCCUCUCUCAGGAGCUCUGUCGAGAGUGAUGAUAUCGAAUUCACGCACACACGAUACACGGCCAUCACCUGUGAGCCUCAUGAGUUUAUUGAUGAAGGCUUCACGUUGAGACAAACGCUUUUCGUAUCUCCACGCCGUACCAAAAUAAUGAUCAACGUCUACAUGUACAAUGAAGAUGACAUACUCUUUGCUGAGACAAUGGAACGCGUGUUCAAUAACGUGCAAUACCUCUGCAAGCAAUGGGGAGAUCAAUCAUGGAAGAACAUUGUUGUUUGCAUUCUAAGCGCCGGAAGAUACAACAUAGACCCGCAAACGAAAGCCCUGUUGUCAUGUAUGGGCAUCUACCAAGAGAGCAUAGCCAGGCGGCAAGUCAACGGGAGAGAUGUGGUGGCUCACCUUUAUGAGCACACAACCCAGACCGGCCUUCAGAUUGUUCGCGACAAAGUAUACCUAACCGCAAAACAAUACGAGUUUCCAAUACAGAUACUCUUCUGUCUUCAAGAACGCAACUUGACCAUGAUUCGUUCUGAGAAAUGGGCAUAUCGAGGGUUUGCUCGUGUGUUGGACCCGGUCAUGUGUGUGCCGAUCCAGUCUGACACAAGGCUUGGUAGUAUCGCCAUCUACCAACUCUGGCAAGCUUUGGCUGCCGAACCCAUGUGUGCAGCAGUCUGUGGCAGAGUCAGACCAAACACGAGCUUCUGGGAAAUCUUUCAAAUUGUCGGAUCGGCGUCCAAAUUCGAGCAGCAUCUCCAAAACUGCCUCACCCUACCGUUUGAAUCGGCCUUUGGCUUUGUUCCAGUGUCGCCUGCUAAGCUCUGCGCCUUCAGAUACGAAGCCCUCUUAGAUGAUGAAACGGGAAAGAGUCCUCUGGACAGCUAUUUUGAAGCCAACGAACCUCCAGAUACGUUAUCUGGUGCCACAUUACAUGCUGCGCGCAUGAGGCUGGCCAGCUUGCGCUUGGUGUUCUUUGCGCUGAUCACCAGACCGAAUUCCCGUUGGGUAAUUCGACAUUCCACUUCGGCGAUUGCGAUGGAAUAUGGAAUAGAUACUAUCGGUGAACUCCUUUUCAUGCGACGUAGACCGGUCAACGCGUACUUUUUGGAUACGAUUUACGCCAUUACACAUUAUCAUGAAAUAUUCAACUCCAGCCAUUCUAUAUUUCGGAAGGUGGCUUUUACAAUCCAACUGGCGUUUAAAUCUGUCGAGUUGCUUUUCGCAUGGUUUGCGUUAGGCAACAUAUUCAUAUACUUUACGGUGUUAACGACAAGCGUAGGAUCCCCGGGCUUUUGGGGAACCGGCGGAUACGUGACAGGUUUAGUACUGGAGUGGUUGUAUGUUGUUUCCCUCAUAACGGCAUUCGUAUCUACUUUGAAUAAGUCCUGGAAAAUGAACUUGAAAAUCCCGACUAUUUUGUUUUGGAUAUGGCUUAGCAUCACAACAUAUGCAUUUAUUUGCUAUUGCCUAAUGUUGCACAAGUCUUUACAUGAGGAACGACUCGAUAAAUCGAGCCCAGGUGAAAUAUUUGGAGAUCCGACAACUUCACUUGGCAUCGCGGUUCUCUUCAUAUAUGUGCUCUGGACGAUGGCUUCGUUGCUGAAUCUAGAUCUCUGGCCGAUCGUCAAUUCGUCCAUACAAUAUCUGAUCCUCAUGCCAUUUCUCGUCAAUGUCUCUGACGUGUUUGCAUUCUGCUAUACGUUCAACCUAAGAAACGUUGUAGCCGAUGCCGAGCCGGUUCUCGAACUUCCCAAGGUCGAGACCCAGAACGGCAAGGGCAGAAUGGAUGCAUUAAACGACGAGAGGCUUGAAGCACAAUAUGAGCAACAGAUUAACAUUAUGAAGCAACGAAGAUUUCUACUGGUGCAAAAGAUGGCUUCGCCGCUGCAGGUGGCGGAGAGGCCGCAGAACGCAGCUCGGAUGUUUGAAGCCCUUCUUGUAAUUGCCUGGACGACUACAAAUUCCAUGCUGGUAUUUCUUGUUCUCGGCAUAGCAGAUGUCAGAAGCUUGUACUCAGCCGAGUCAGGGGAGGUUCUAAAGAGCAAGGGAAUGCACUAUAUCGCUGGUGUUAUGUGGGUGCUCGCAGGGUUGACUGGAAUUCAAGUGAUUGGAGCUGCGUUUAACAGGGUUAUGACUAUAGGAAGAGGUUAUAGGCGACAUCAUGAAGGUGAAGGAAAUAUAUACGACUCUUAG